AUGAAGCUGAAGCACCAGCAAGGGGAGCCACGAUGUUGGCUCUUGAUUGCUCAGCUCCACCUGGCCAAUGGCGCCAAGGAUGAAGCGCUUCGGGCAGCUGAGAGUGCACAAGCGGUGGCCAUGCGGAUGAGAGACCUGGAGGCGGAGGAGGAGGCGAAUCAGUUCAUUGACUCAGCGACCCGGAAGAAGGACGAGCCACCACCGGAGCCCACCGCUGCGCCCGCACCGGCGCCCGCGGCCGCGCCAUCCGCGGCGCCGUCCGCGGCGCCGUCCGAGGGCAGUGCAUCAAAGGGGUUAGAUCCGGAGCAGCUGGGCAAACAGCUGAUGAACAUGGUCAAGGAGUUGACGGCCUCGGCCGAGGAGGUGGAGUUGGACACCGCCUUCGUGGAUGCCGGGAUGGAUAGCUUGUCAGGGGUCUCUUUGGUCUCCAUGCUGAACCGAGAUUUUCAGGUGGCCCUGACGCCCUCCGUGGUCUUCGACUAUCCGACCGUCCGCAUGCUGCAGGACUACUUGAUCCAAGAAAGCCAAGGAUGA